GCGGCGCGCGCCGGGAUGUGUAGUCUCUUCCGCCCUGGCUCUGUUGCCCGGCAACGGUCCCAUCUGGCCCCAGUGGCUGGCGGAAGCACCGCGGUGGCCUCUGCGGCUGGACAUCCCGGCAGGAGGGAAACUCUUAGAAGAACUAGAUGCUGGAAAACUUGGCUUGGCGGUCGGGCUUUCCCUCUGACCCACAGAAUGGCCGGGUCCGAGUCCUCUCCUGAGCUUCAGUUACAAAAAUAUUAAUGAAGGUAGCUGUUGAUGUGCCAGCGGCAUCCGCUUCCUCUUUACCACGUCCUUCCAGCUAAAAGCCUGUUAAAAGCAGGGGCACAUGGGAACUCUGAGAAUAUGUGAAAGCACUGACCCCUCUCCUCCAAAGAACGUACACCAGCAUGUGCGCACACCAUUCAGCCGACAUUUUGGUGGAUGCUGUGUCUGUCCGUAACCCCUCCACCCUUCCAGGGCGGUAGUUUAUGCACUUAAAAAUGGCUUCCGUAAGAAGAGCCAGUCAUCCCGUGCGCAAUAUUUUUGAUGAUUUUAGUGAUAUUUCCUUAGAAGAGUCAAAGAUGGAAGAAAUCAGAAACUUGAAAAUCAGUAGAAGUCUUACCAAAAUAACACCCGGUCAUAGCAGAUUUCUAAAAGGAAGCCAAACCAUGGGUGUAAAACACUCGCUCCUGAAAGAGAAGGCUGUUGUGGAGGGCGAGAGCAGGCUCUCCUCAGGGAGACCCCCGACCACGGCCUCGAAGCUCAGGGCCAGCGCCGUGCUCACAAAGCUGGCACAGAUAGAAACCAAGAUCAUGAAGCGGAAGGCGCAGAUGGAUUUGUCUGGCUUGGAAUCGGACCUGAGGACCUCUGAGGACAGUCUUCCAAGGAGCGCAGACACGGUCCUCCCCAGGGGUACAGCCGGACUUUCUUCACACAGCCUGGAUAAAACCUCCCAGAAACACGCCCGUGAAAUUCCUGUGGCUGAGAGCAGCGCGCAGAAUGGGAAGGUCAGUAGGUUUCUAAAGAGGAGGGAACCACCCGUUGAAAAUACCUUCCCUGAAGCACGUUUUGGAAAAGAGAGGAAUUUUCAAACACCCAAAGAGAAAAAACCUACUAGAAAACUGGAUUCUCCAGACAGUGAUGAGGAGGAAAUGAAAGAGUUGCUGGGAAGCUUGAUAGAAUCUUCUAGAGAAAAAGAAAACUUCAUGAAUCAGCGUUUAAGAGGCCCCAGAGUCAGUGAGGAAGAACAGACCGAACUAUUCUCGGAUCAGAUCCCAACUCAGCCAAGAAUCCUUUCGCUACCCAGUGAGGAACUUUCCAGCUCAAAGUCAUUAAGGACAUCACGUCUGCCAGCCUCACAGUCUGCAGACGGGACCCUUCGCAGCGUGGGCUCAAGAGCUCGCUCCCCACAGACUCACACUUCAGGGGACACAGCAGCCCACACGGCACUGCUUUCCAUCACUGGCACCUCUCCAAAGUCAGCCUCGAUGGCACGGCGUGGCAAGCUCUCCUCCCCUGGAAGGAGUGAGGCUGGGCCUGGCGAUAAGUCACUCUCAGAAGCUGCCGAUGACAGCCUGAAUGAUUUUCGAAUCAAUCUUUUAUCCCUUGAUGAUCUGGCCCCCGCUAUCAGCGAGAACUCCGACUUGGAACAGGAAAAAGAAGGCCAGCGGGAAAAGGCCUCCAGCCGAAGCCCCCAGGCCAGGGGGCCCCCCACUGGAAGUGAGGUCUCAGAGCACCUGAGUGAGCCAUCGGCUUCCUCCGCCGGGCCUGAGGGGGCUUCCAGCCUGAGGCCGAAUUCUCAGAAGCCCACAGCGAGCACAGUGAGCUUGGCUUACUCGGAAGAUUUUGAAACCGCAUCGGAGUCGAGGGCCCAUUCUGAGGAGUCUCCCGACAGGACGCUGGACACUAGGUCGGAAUUCUCUGCAAGCCUGCAGCCAGACCUGUCCCUGCCAACACUCGAGCCUUGGAGAAAGCAGGUGAGGGACGUUACGAGAGUCAUCGUGAAGGAGACAGCCGUGCAGACCCUCGAUCCCGCCUUCACCUACCAGUGGGCAGAGGGGGCCGGUGUGGCGGCCAUGGGGCUGGCCCUGGGAAGUGCCUACGUGGACCCUGUGCCCAUUGCCAGUCACGUCGUCAGCGCGGACUCGAUAGAAGCCCUGACAGCUUACAGCCCGGCCGUGUUGGCGCUCAACGACAUGCUGAAGCAGCAGCUGAGCCUGACGCGGCAGUUCGUGGAGACCAGCCGGCACCUGCACGGCUCCCUCCUGCAGUCCCUGGACCGAGACUCGUUCCACUACCACACCCUGGAGGAAACGAAACAGUACAUCAGGCACCACAGGCCCGCCCCGCUAUCCAUGGAGGACGCCCUGGAGGAGGUGAAGAAGGAGCUGUGACAGUGGCGGGAGCAGGCAGCACCCAGGACUCACCUGAGUGGAAUCCCGGCUCCAGCCUUUCCUAGCUGAGUGGCUGACCACUCCCAGCCCCCACCUCCUCCGAGUGCCCGGCCCGAGAGGACGCACAGGCCAGGGGCCACGGAGCCGUGGGAGGCACUGUCAUCACUCACGGCAGGAUGGAGGAUGCGCGCCAGUCUGGAGCCCCGCGGGACUGCCUUCCCCGUGAGCGGAGGUAGAUGGAAGAGGCGAGAAGCCCCAUCUGCCCCACAGGAGCCAGCGCCCCAUGUCCGCGCCGGGGACACCCAUGGGAGAUGCCAGGGCACGGCUUCUGACCAGACUGCACAACUCGGAAUCGGCACACCGCCCGGACUCAGCCCGAGUGUACUUCUAACUCGAACACACAGGGAAAAAGGUCUUUAAAAAAAGUUUUUAUUUGAAGGCAAAACAGUAAAAUCCACAAGAAAUCGUUAACAGCACGUGUUUACGUUUUAUCCUGAAUCAGACACGUUUGAACAAUUCACAGCUACAGGAAAUCUAGAACAAAAUCAAAUUAUUUUAUCACAUCAGGUUGAAAAGUUGGAGAGGACUCUGCAUCUUAUUGAAAAGAAUUUUUCAAAAAUGUUUCUGUACAAAGACGGCACCGCACGAGCUGCCCACAGACGCCAGGCGCGGCCCAUCCCUGCGUAGUCCCCGGCGGCAUCUGCCCUCCUGGCCGGGGUCGCUCUCUGCACCCCGCAUCGGAGCGGGCCGUCCACGCGAGCGCUGGUGUUGGGUUCCUCUAAGUGAAACACACAAGCAGAGACGCUAAGGACGCAGGCUUUCCGAGGGCGUCACUCCGGGACCUGAAGAUGCCUCAGAUCAGCUUCCUUAGAACCUCUGUUCCUGCGGGACCACAAGUGGCUAACGUUUGGGGAAAGAAUUUCAACUCAAACAACUAAAGUAACUGAACUACGGGCCGUGAGCACGUCUGAGGAACCAGGUUUCAAAUUCUCACUGGGAUUCUCUUAGGCCAACAUUCCCUUCUCUAAAACGAAACAUCUGGAGUAAAAAUGAAAGCCCUGUGUAACGUUGCCAAUCAGAAA